AUGAAAAAUAUUCUACGUUGGAUUUUGGUUUGCAGGAAAAGAAAAGAGAGCCUAGACUCGACGUCAUCGCACGCGGCUGGCGAUCUACCAGUAGUCGGCCAACGUGGUAUGGCAGAGUUGUCCGAGGGGGCAGCGCCUCCAGAGGACCAGCAGAAUUGGCGCGCUUUCUACGAACACCCCCUGACGGCCGCCACCACAGCCAUGCUGAACAUCGGCGGCGGCGCCGAGGAUCAAUCGGCAACGAUGGGACUGAUAUACGAAUACUACAAGCUACCCGAUCCCAAAGAUAAACUGGCCGACAUUUGGUCGGCAGGUUCCCAGACCGGCGGCAUCCUAACGUCGCAGCUGAAGGCGACCAAUGGCCUGGUGAGCGGGGCCGGCUUAGAGUUGUCGACCCCGCCUCUCGGCAGCGCCGGCCAGCUCAAUCCUCAAGAGCUGCAAGGCUUAUUCAGUCCGCACGUCGGGUAUGCGCAGGCCGCUACUGCCGGACAAAAUUUGCAGAUCGUCAAACGGGAGCCGGAGGACCUCAGCCACCACCGGAAGCUGGACUGCAGUUCGCCCAGUUCGGGUAGCCUCGACGGCUCGAUAAUCAUCCCCAAGCAAUCGAGAGCAAAGGUCGUGCUAGUGUCCUCGGGCGGCGGCCAUUCCGGCGACCUGGUGGUAGACGUGAAUUCGAUCAAAGACGAGAGCCACCACGGACUGACGUCGCCUCGGCACGGUUCCCGCUCCAUAAACGGCACCCCGACGUCGACGCACAGCAGCCUCCUGGCGGACGGGUCGAGCGCCGCGGCGGCGCCCAUCGAAUUCAUAUCCGCGAAUGGCCUCAAACCGGCGAUGUACACCACGCAGAUAUUCGCCUCGAUGAGCAACGCCCAGCACGGCGGCGGCGGCGGCGGCAGUGGCACGCCGUCGCCCAUUCCCUACACGGACCACGUCCAAUAUACGCAGAGUUCGAUAGCGGGCGGGAGCGUCGCCGGCAAUUCCACGAUUUACUCGUCCACAGGACGGCCCGGCAGCUCGACGACGUUCUCCGUGUCGGACCCGUACUAUCGCGAAUAUUUCACGACGGUGUCUUCGGGGGCGGGAACGCCGGAGCCCGUGUACUCGACGCAAUUGCGACAAAACCAACUGGCGUACGGGGAUGAGACGGGCGGCGGCGGCGGCACGACGGCGAGCUUCGUCGAAAGGUACGUCCGUCAAUCGGCGUACCACGGCAAAGGCGUCAUUGCGGCCGCCGGUCUCACCGUCGAUCUUCCGAGUCCUGAUAGCGGAAUAGGCGCCGACGCCAUCACGCCGCGCGACCAGAACACGCUGCAGCAGUCCUUCGACUAUGCUGAUUUGUGCCAAUCGAAUUCCACCAUAUUGGAUCCCUUAUCGUUAACGAGAAGCAAUUCUCAAUCGCCUGGAACGCAGACGACGACACGGAGUCGACCUUGGCACGAUUUUGGUCGACAAAACGACGCCGACAAAAUACAAAUACCCAAAAUAUUUUCUCCCGUUGGUUUUAAAUAUCACCUGGAGACGCCAAUAUCGACAUCGCAACGAAGAGAAGACGAUAGAAUUACAUACAUAAACAAAGGGCAAUUUUACGGAAUCACGCUGGAAUAUAUACCGGAUCCAGACAAGCAGCUCAAAUCACAAACCGUUAAGAGUAUAGUUAUGUUGAUGUUUCGAGAAGAAAAAAGUCCGGAAGAUGAAAUCAAAGCCUGGCAAUUCUGGCAUGGAAGGCAACAUUCGGUGAAACAACGAAUUUUAGACGCAGACACGAAAAAUAGCGUAGGCCUGAUAGGAUGCAUCGAAGAAGUGGCCCAUAAUGCUAUUGCAAUCUAUUGGAAUCCUAUGGAAAGUCCUGCUAAGAUUAAUAUUGCUGUUCAAUGCUUGAGCACAGACUUCAGUAGUCAAAAGGGAGUAAAAGGACUACCUCUACAUUUACAAAUAGACACUUACGAAGAUCCCAGAGAUACACAAAUAUUCCACCGGGGUUACUGCCAAAUAAAGGUUUUCUGUGAUAAGGGCGCAGAGAGAAAAACACGGGACGAAGAAAGGCGAGCUGCCAAAAGGAAAAUGACGGCUACAGGAAGAAAAAAAUUGGACGAAUUAUACCAUCCUAUGUGCGAAAGAUCCGAAUUUUACACGAUGAGUGACCUAACGAAACCUCCUGUAUUAUUUUCACCGGCCGAGGAUAUAGAUAAAUUGACUUCGAUGGAAUUGCAAGGGUUCUAUUCCCAAGAAGACGGAUCUCUGAGCGGUCCUGUUGACCACGUGAAAACAGGCUCGCCGUUUCUCCUGCAUCCCGCUUCGAAGACACCAACAACACCUACACUAAAAUUCCACAACCACUUCCCUCCGGACGCCGAGAAAAAGGAAAACAGCAUAUUAGACGGUAGUUUGUCGUCCGAUGGGAACGUCUUUUCGCCACCGAUCAACAAGAGGCCUAAAAUGAUAGGAGGACCGGGCGGUGUGGGUCCUCCUCCAUUGAACGAGAGAGUAAUGCUGUAUGUACGCCAAGAAAACGAGGAUGUUUAUACACCUUUACACGUCGUCCCGCCAAACACAGCCGGCCUUUUAAACGCAAUUGAGAAUAAGUACAAAAUUAGCGCGUCGAGCAUAAAUAACUUGUAUCGCAAAAACAGAAAAGGCAUUAUAGCCAAGAUUGAUGAUGAUAUGGUAGCUUAUUAUUGUAACGAAGACUUGUUCCUGUUGGAAUUGAAGGCAGUGGAUGAGGAUCUAUUCGACGUUACGUUUGUGGAGCUGAUGGAUCAUUAACCGCCAUUGAUAUUAUCUUACGUACUUAAUCAGUUUUUGUUGUGAUUUGUUUUUUAACGAUGUAUUUUUUAAGAACAAUGUUGAACAGAACUUUAUUAUUUGUUUAUAAUGUCUAGAAUGUUGAUUUUACGAGGAGUUUUCAAUCAUUUAUAAUCAAACUAAGUUAUUGUUAGUUUUUUGUUUUCUUUUUUUUUGUUUAUUAAGGAUUAUGAUCACCUUGAUAUUUAAGAAAUAUUAAUGUGAUCAUUUACAUUCAAUGUAACUCUACUGUUAUCAUUUUUUUAUAUACAUGGUGGCAAUGUUUUGUUUCUGAGAAUUUUAGAUUCUUUAUUAAGGACUUAGUAUUUAGGGUUUGCACGAUUCAUAAUUGGUGACCCAAUAUUCCAAAUUAGUACAUUUUCACCGAGACGAAGGUGUCAAAAGAACAAAAUUUGCUUUUUAAAUUAUUUCUAUGUUUUGGAAAUUUGGGUCACCUUGUAUACGUAAUAAUUUUAAUAACUUGGUCGCCAUUGAUCUCAAAAUUCAACUAAUAAUGUAAAUGAUCUGAAGUUGUAAUGUACAGUACACCGCUAGUGUCUUGUAUCUAGGGGUAGGGAAAAAGGGAUUUUUUUCAUUGUAUAUAGCUUUAAGUUGUUUGUAAAUAAUGACCAGCCAUGACUUAGUUGUAAACGCACCUUAAGUGUUUGUGAUAAGAACUACUCAAAACCUCUUGCUUUUGAAGAAUGUAGCACAAAGGUGAGAUUUGAACAACCACUGAGGGUGUUUCUUUAUUUACUGAUAAUAACCCAAAUUACACAUGUAGGUACAUAAAAUAGCGUGGUAAAUUUCUAGAAAUCGAUUUUUUUUUAUUUUUGUAAUUUUAUUUACUAAUAAAUAUUGUAAUGUAAAAAUCGACUUAAUUGCCAAAUUAGUUAUUUAUUGGCGUAUUUCAAAUGAAUCAAAUGAUAUUCCUUUUGUUAAAUAAAGUAUGUAUGUAUAUCUUGUGUAUCACAUUAAAAAAUCCGUGCUGAAGUUUUGUAAAUUAAAGAAGCAUUAAAUAUAAUAUACUCGUCGCCAUUUAUAUUCAGUAAGGGUAUUUCAAUGUGAUUCGCAACAAAAAAUUACUGAAAUAAGCAACAGAGUAAUUAUUUUUUAUCUUAUAAAACCAUAGAAUUUCAAAAAAAAUUUAUAUGAAAUACUAAUGAGUAUUGUGGAUUAUGAAAUAUAAAAUUUAGUUUAAAUAGGAUCUGUAGAUUUUUUAUGAAAUGACUUCAAGAGAUACAUUUAAACCAUAAUAUUACUUUUCAUUUUUAAGUAUAAUUGUUAUAAACUGAGAGACUGAUUUUUUUAAUUCAAUAUCUUCUAUUUUCAAAGUAUGAAAAAAGGUACGUAAUAUAAAAGGCACUUGUUAAAUACAUCGAAUACGAAUUCAUCGUGAAUGCCGACAUGAAUUCGAACGUACCUGACUAAGGCUUUAUAUAAUUUUAAAAUACUUACUUGAGUCUACUUAUUUGGGGUACAAUUCUUCAUGAUGUUUAAUUUUUUAUAUUCAAAGAAUUUUUCUUUAAUUUAGAAAAUUCUACAUGGUACUGAUCUGAUACAAAUAUUUCAUAUUUUGAAUAAUUUAUUUUUAAAAAAGAAAGAUGUAAAAUCUUUAGAUACUUUUUAUUAUUUGAUAUUAGAGUAGUUAUAUUGAUAAGUUAUGUUAUAUGGCUCUCUGUAUUCAUAGAGAAAUAUAAGAAUACUUUAUAGACAACUUGUCUUCUUUGAACACCAUUUUAGUUAAGAUAGUGACUCGAUGAUAAUUAUAUUCGCAAUAUUACUUAAGAUUCCUUUUUUAUAAAUGUAUGUCUUGAUUUUAUAAAUAAAAUUAUAUCUGUAUUUAAAUGUUGUUUCAAUACCCUAAAUCCUACUAAUUUUAAUUCCAUAUAAUAACAGUUGAAAAGAUGAUAAGAAAAAGUAUAAUAUAAGGAAAUAUAAGAGAAAAGUGAUUAAGAAUUUAUUAUUAAUUCAUUGUAUAUGUAACUGAAUAAUCAGCACUAAAUAAGAAGCUAACGAGCUAAAUACCGUGAAUAUUAAAGAUGCGCGUAUUUCAAAUACAUUGCAG